AUGUACACCCCUGCUGUAAUUGCUCAAUGGAAGAAGAAGAAGAAGAAGAAGGGAAAAGUUGGCAUCAGAGCAGAGCAAAAAGCGUCAACGGCGGACGAAUUUUGGGCGCAAAGAGCUCCGAUUGGUCCGGAUGCCAAGACUGCGCUCAUUGGUCCGCGCCAUACUCUCCGCUCCUCCCCUCGCUCUCGUCUCGUCUCCUCUCUCCUCUCCGCUACACUUCGGGCGAAAGUAGUCCACGUUCAGAGAGUUGGCGCUCUGAGGAUAAUAUGGUUAUUCGCAGGCGUGGAUGGAUCCAGACCACCUCGGAAGGUAUCUAAGAUCCUGGAAAUAGCGCAAUCAACGUAUCGACACUCAAUACGCCACACCUUGCUCCCAAAUUUACAGAGACUGGAGAACACAAGCCCACAACAGAUAACUACCGGAGAAAAUGAUAAACGACUCGUGAUUGUUUUACGUCUGGUUACGUGGAUUCGUCCCUGA